AUGACAGCCAUGGAUCAAAUUAUUGAGGCCAAUGAGUAUGAAGCCGCCUCAAUAACUGAAGGAACAACAUUAAGAGAAGGGGACAUAGCUGUCUCCAACAGGAUGGGUUCUAAGACAUGCUUUGCCAGGAGCUGUUUGUGGUCUAAAUCUGUGGAUGGUCAUGUGUAUAUAGCUUACACUCUUUCACCUGAAUACAAUGAGUUGGAUGAGAAAACCAUCAUGAAAGGCAUGGAACUCAUUGAGGAGGACACCUGUGUUCGCUUUGUGCCGAGGACUCAUCAGAGGGACUACCUGGACAUUCAGCCUAAGUCUGGGUGUUGGUCCUACCUGGGAGUACGUGGCGGAAGGCAGGCUCUGUCUAUGCAGACACCCGACUGCAUGUCGUCUGGCGUGGCCGCACAUGAGCUAAUGCAUGCCCUGGGAUUUGUGCACGAGCAGUCACGGGCAGAUCGUGACAACUAUGUGACCAUCAAGUGGUCUAACAUCUGGAAAGAUCGUCUGAGGAAUUUUGAAAAGUUCAAGACGAAUAACCUGGACACUCCAUAUGACUAUGGAUCUCUGAUGCAUUUUGGAAUGUAUGCCUAUUCUGAAGAUGGUGAUCCCACUGUUGUUCCAAAAACAAGCUGGAGUGUUCAGAUGGGUCAGGGAUAUGGUCCCAGUCGUUUGGACAAAUUCAAAAUUAACCAACUCUACAAAUGUGGUUAA